UUGUUUGGCCUGCAGAGGCGUUGGAACUGAGGAGUGUUUUAGAACAUGUGCAGUAAUGUCACUUCAAAGGAAAGUUAAGAACUCUCAGGCACCAAGAAGGAUUUCACAAGGUAGUAAUAGCUAUCAGGCUAGACUCUCAGCCUGGAAAGUAAAAGAAGACCUAAGUGACUCAAAGAGCAUCUCAAAACAUGGACAAAACAAUCCAGUGGAAGAUUAUGAACAUGCUGAUGAUCAAGCAGAAGACACUCUGCGAAUAGCAUUGAGAUACUUUGAGAAAGGUCCCAUUAAAACUUCACGGAGUAAAGAUAAAACCUUGGAGAAACACUUGAAAACUGUGGAAAGUAUGGCGUGGAAGAAUGGGUUAGCUGCAGAAGGAAUCGACAUUCUAUUAAAUGUGGCACUCAGUGGCAAGUUUGGAAAUGCUGUAAACACUCGGAUAUUCAAGUGUAUGAUUCCAGCAACUCUAAUAUCAGAAGAUUCUGUGGUUAAGGCAGUCUCCUGGCUUUGUGUUGGCAAGUGUUCUGGUAGCACUAAGGUACUUUUUUAUCGUUGGCUGGUUGCAAUGUUUGACUUCAUUGAUCACAAGGAGCAAAUUAACUUGCUCUAUGGCUUCUUUUUUGCUUCAUUGCAAGAUGAUGCACUGUGCCCUUAUGCCUGCCAUUUGUUAUAUUUACUUACCAAAAAAGAGAAUGUCAAACCAUUUCGUGUGAGAAAACUGCUUGAUCUUCAGGCCAAAAUGGGAAUGCAGCCUCAUCUCCAGGCUUUGUUGUCACUAUAUAAAUUCUUUGUUCCUACUUUGAUUUCUGUAUCUUUGCCUAUGCAGAAGAAGAUCUAUUUUAAGAAUUCAGAGAAUCUGUGGAAGACAGCUCUACUUGCUGUGAGGCAAAGGAAUCAGGGACUUCCUCCAGAACCUCUGAAGUUGAUGUUAGCUAAUGUCCGUCCUGUAAAAAGAAAAUGGCAUUCUUACUCAGUUAUACCAGUGCUGAAUUCCCAUAACUGCAGUGAAGAAAGUGGAAAAAAAAGGAUGAAUCUUUGUGAUUAUUUCAAUAGCAGUGGAUCAUUUCCACUGGAACAGCUUAAAAGUUUCCCUCAACUCUUACAGAAUAUCCAUUGCUUAGAGCUGCCUUCUCAGAUGGGUGCAGUGCUGAACAACUCUCUUUUACUUCACUAUAUUAACUGUGUCAGAGAUGAGUCAGUCUUACUGAGGCUCUAUCACUGGUUGAGUCAAACAUUACAAGAAGAAUGUAUUUGGUACAAGGUGAAUAAUUAUGAACAUGGAAAAGAAUUUACCAACUUCCUGGACACUGUCCUCAGGGCAGAAUGCUUCUUACAAGAGGGGUUUUAUUCCUGUGAAGCAUUCCUGUAUAAGAGCCUUCCUCUCUGGGAUGGCCUCUGUUGUCGAUCACAGUUCCUUCAGCUUGUGAGCUGGAUUCCUUUUAGUAGCUUCUCUGAGGUGAAACCACUUCUUUUUGACCAUCUAUCACGGCUGUUCUUUACAUCAACUAUAUAUUUCAAGUGCAGUGUUCUACAGUGUUUGAAAGAGCUACUGCAAAAUUGGCUGUUGUGGCUUUCUAUGGACAUCCACAUGAAAUCUGUGAUGAACAGUCCUCUAGAGACAACUCUAGGUGGAUCCAUGAACUCUGUGUCUGAACUGAUUCACUAUGUAGGGUGGCUGUCCACUACUGCAAUGCGCUUGGAAGGCAACAGUACUUUCUUGCUGCACUUUAUUUUGGAUUUCUAUGAGAAGGUGUGUGACAUAUAUGUAAAUUAUAACCUUCCAUUAGUGGUGUCGUUUCCUCCUGGGGUCUUCUAUCCGGCACUCCUCAGCCUGGAUUCUAGUAUCCUGAACCAGCUCUGUUACAUUAUGGACAGGUAUCGUAAAAAUUUGACUGCUGCAAAGAAAAAUGAGUUGGUACAAAAGACAAAAUCAGAGUUCAGCUUCAGCAGCAAGACCUAUCAAGAAUUUAAUCACUAUUUGACAGCCAUGGUUGGUUGCUUGUGGACAUCCAAACCCUUCCAGAAAGGAUUAUAUAUUGACCUGGAAGUCUUAGAAAAAGCUUCAGUAGCAGAGUAUAAAAACAGUUUAAAUUUAGUCCAACAUCCUGCUCUUUUGAGUUAUGCUGCUUCCUUUCUGCUACAGGAACAGCCAGAAACAAGGACUGUAAACAUGAGUUCUAUUCGGGGAAAGAAAUGGAACUGGUAUUUGGACUAUUUAUUUUCAGAAGGGUUACAAGGCUUGAAACUUUUCAUAAGAAGUAGUAUUCAUCGUUCUUCUUUUUCCUGAGCAGAGAGCACAAACCACCUGAUCAACAUUAAAUGAAUGUUGACAGAAACAGACUGAGCAUAUGGGACUAAAAUUCCUUCCUUGUUGCUGGAGAGGUCAAGUGGCUCAACUUGAGUUUCCAUACUCGUUUCACCAACAGACUGCCAUCCUCAGGGAAUGCUUAGACUAGCCUUAUAUCCAUGGCUCAGGAGAGCCUCAAUGUGGCUAACUUUAUUUUUCAGGAUCUAGAUUUUUUAGCACACUUAUAAAAAAUGACUUCAUCAUCAGGCUCUGCCUUCCACCAAAUUAUACAUAAAGAGAUAUAUCCUUUAUGUGGUGGGAUUUUUCACAUUCUUGUGGGCUAUGAACUGCAUUUUCGAUGGAAGAGGGCAGGUAAUAAUAUACAGUAGCAGUUAAGCCACAGACAUAUUCGUGCAGAAUACUCAGCUGCCUCUGUGAAACCUCUGUGGAUAUUGCCAUUUUUCUUAUUGUGAACAGCCACACCAACACCAAGUUAAUGGGAUAUAUUUCUAACUCUGAAAGGUGGCUCUAAGUAGUUGGCAGCUUCCUGGGUCUUCACUGCUAGCAAUUUGAUGAAAGAAGGAAAGGGAGAGGAUUAUGGGAUAAUCAACAUUCCUACUUAUACCAGUUUGAUUUCACAGAACUGCUCUACUUUGUGCGUGUGUGCGCGUGUAUGUGUACGUAUAUACCCUAUUUUUAAGUGUUUAGGUACAAAUAAACUAACUAUAACUUUAUUUUCAGGAAUAAUUCUGAAGCUUUUAAAAAAUUUUUAUAAUAGCUAGAGUAUCUUGCUGAAAAUUUACUACAAAAUUUUGCUUCAGCGCUACUGAAUAACUCUCUCCCUUUUAAUAAAAUUCAUAUCAUUUGAGAGAAAUCAAGCUGAAUUUAUUUUUGUUUUUAAGGGCACAUUGUGGUUCUUUUUUUCCUUUUAAAGCAAACAGAACCCUAAACUAUAUUAUUGGAUGGUGUUCAGACUAGAAAUACUAUUUAUUCAUUCAUUUUUGGUUUAAUACAUGUUUAUCGAGCUUACCACAUGCCAUGUAUUCUUCUGUGUGCUGGUUAUACAGUACCUGCUUUUGUGGAAUUUACUACAUUCCAUGGGAGAAGAGAUGUAAACAAAUGUAUAAUAUCAGGUGCUUUAAAGAAAAAGCAAGGAAUAGGGGCAGAAACAAACUGAGCGUAUGGGGCUAAAUUCCUUCCUAGUUGGUAGAGAGGCUAAGUGGCUCAACUUGUUUUACCAACAGACUGCCAUCCUCAGGGAGUGCUUAAGUUGUCUUUCUAUCCAUGGCUCAGGAGAGCCUCAAUGUGGCUAAUUAUAUUUUUCAAGAUCUAGAUUCUUUUAGCCCACUAGUGAAAAAUGACUUCAUCAUCAGACUUUGCCUUCCACCAAAUUAUACAUAAAGAGAUAUACAUGUUUGAGAGGGUUGCAACUUUAGAGGAGAUGGUAAGAGAAGGUCUGUUUGAAGAGGUGACGUAUGCAGAGGCCCUAAUGAAAUAAGUGUAUGAACCAUGUGAAUAUUUGAGGAAAGAGCAUUCUGGGAAGAGGUAAAGGCAAGUAAAAAGUCUUAAAAAUGUUAACUUACUUGGCAUGUUUGAGGAAUAGCAGAGGCCGGGAAGGUGACAACAUAGUGAUUAAGGGAGAAGCAUGGUAAGAAAUGAAAUAGGGGAGAAAGCCAGAGAGUAGUUCAUGAAAAUCCUUAUAGCCUGGUAUGGAUAUGGAAAUGUGAAGCCAUUAGAAGGAUUGAGAGCAGAGGAGUGGCAUAAUUUUACUUACCUGUAUGGAGCUGCAGUGUGAAGGUUAGACUGAAGAGGACUGAGCGUGAAAGCAGAGAGACCAGUUAGGUUACUACAGUGUUCCAGGCAAGAGUCUUAGCCUAGUGUGGUAUAUGAUAGAGAGGGGGAGGGAGGGUAAUUAUUAUUGGAUUCAAGCUCUAUUUUAAAGGUAAAGAAGAUAGGAUCUGCUGAUAGCUUCGCUAUGAGGAGAGAGAAAGGGAGGAGUAAAGGAUGACUCCUAGGUUUUUAACUGAGCAACUGGGUGAAUUCUGGAAGGGAGAGAUGAGGAACAAAUUUGGAGGAGUAUGGAAUCACGAGUUCUUUUUUGGUCAUGUUAGUUUGGAGGUGCUAAAUAGGCAGUUGGAUAUCCAGGUCUAGAGUUCAGGGUACAAUUUGGUACUGAUAAAAUUGAUUUGGGAGUCUUUACUGAAUAACCAGGACAUUGGAUGUGAUCACUUAGUACAGCUUGAAAAGAGAAAAUGGCAAAGGACCAAGCCCUGGAGUAUGCCAAUGUUAAGAAGUAGAGAAAGGGAGGAACUAGCAAAAGACUGAGAAGGACCCACCAGUGAGGUUAAGGAAGAGUCAGGAGACUGGUGUGCUGGAAGCCAAGUAAAGAAAGUGUUUCAAAAAGGAGGGGGUAUUUACAAUAGCCAGGACAUGGAAGCAACCGAAAUGCCCAUCAACAAAUGAAUGGAUACAGAAGAUGUGGCAUAUAUAUACAAUGGAAUAUUACUCAGCUAUAAAAAGGGAUGAGAUGGAGCUAUAUGUAAUGAGGUGGAUAGAACUACAAUCUGUCAUACAUAGUGAAGUAAGUCAGAAAGAGAAGGACAAAUAUUAUAUGCUAACUCACAUAUACGGAAUCUAAAAAUGGUACUGAUGAACUCAGUGACAAGAACAAGGAUGCAGAUACAGAGAAUGGACUGGAGAACUCGGGGUAUGGGAGGGGGCGGGGGGUGAAGGGGAAACUGAGACGAAGCGAGAGAGUAGCACAGACAUAUGUAUACUACCAACUGUAAAAUAGUGGGAAGUUGUUGUAUAAUAAAGGGAGUCCAACUCGAGGAUGGAAGAUGCCUUAGAGGACUGGGGCAGGGAGAGUGGGGGGGACUCGAGGGGGGGCAGUCAAGGAAGGGAGGGAAUACGGGGAUAUGUGUAUAAAAACAGAUGAUUGAACCUGGUGUACCCCCAAAAAAAUAAAAAAAGAAAAAAAAAAGGAGGGGGUAUUUAAUGAUGAAUGUAGCUUAUAUACCUGGGUAAAAGAAGCUUUAGCUGCUUUGAAGUAAAUCUGAUAGCUUCCCCAAUGGGUAACCUUUAUCAUUUAGAUAAUUCUCUUCUUUUUUUAAGUUUGUACUCCAAAUAACUUCCCAUAGUUAUUUUUUAGAACAUGGUAUUUUGGUCCUUAAGAUCAUGUAGAACUUUAAAUUGUGAGAAGGGCUUUGAUUAGUUUUUAUGAAAUUUAACCCCUAACAAUCUUCAGAUCAUGGAAGAAACUUUUCUAAACUUAAGUUUAUGUUAUGGGAGAAAAAAGUUUUUUCCUUUAGCUUACCUUUUUGUUCACUAAUGAUUCCCUGGGUGCCUUUUGACUGUAUAUUUCUCUUGAUCAAUUUUUAACGCACUUAAGAUUAGAUGUACAGCUAUGCAAACAUGCCCAAAGUCUUUUUUGAAGAAUCUUCAUGGCAAAGAAAAACAAGAUUUAAAUAAGAAUAGCUAUUUUGCUUUAGUGCCAAACAUGUCUAGAAAGGAAAAGAAAUAGAAAAUGUGGCUUAUUUUCCCAAUUGUACAAAAAGAAUACUUUGUUUACCUAGUGUUUGUGUAAAAUUGUUGAUGUUAUAAAUAUUGACUUAAUAUUCAAUAAUACAUUGCUAUUAGAUUUCUAACAUUUUAUUUUUCUCUUUAUCAUAACUUCUCCUUUCUCUGGUCUUGGGGACAAUCUGGAAAGAAAAGUAGAUGUCUGUGGUGCCUCACAUAACUUUUAUUAACAUAGUAGAAAUUCUCUUUAUAUCAGAUUCAUUUUGUAUCACAAAAUAGUUUACUAGAUAGAAGAAAAAUUAUUCUCUAAGACUGGUAUUAUAUUUUUAAGAUCUUUUUUCAAUUGAUAUUACUUUUCAAUUUGUUUAAAUUAUUAGUUUUUUUUUAAUAUGGAGAGCCUCUAUUUCUGUCAUGUAAAAAAAAUAUGUUUCUAAUAAAGAU